UGAAAAGAAAAGAUCCCCUGCAUGGACAGAUCGAAUAUUGUGGAGGAGUAAAGAAAACGACUGGUGUAAACAGUUAACAUACAAGAGUCAUAUGGAUAUCACAUUAAGUGAUCAUAAACCAGUCAGUUCAAUUUUUGAAUUAAAGCUUAAAAUAUGUCCAUCUGAACAACUUGACGAUCCUGAACACGAAGAUGAUGAAAUGAUUAUGUAUAACAAUGUGAUUAUAUUGAAAGACAAUGGACAAAAUAAUGCAUCUAGUCAUUGUAACAAAGAUGCGGAAUAG